AUGGAAUCCAACGGCGUCUCUCACGCAGCCACCAAUGGCCACACUGCCGCCAAGUCCGAUGGGCUCAACAUCGUCAUUAUCGGAGCCGGUAUAGGCGGUCUCACUGCUGCUAUAUUCCUCCGCAGGCAGGGCCAUCGAGUCACCUUGUUGGAGCAAUCCCGCUUUGCCAAUGAGGUCGGAGCGGCGAUGCACCUUGCCCCCAACGCCAAUGGAAUCCUUCGCCGACUUGGUAUCUUUGCAGAGACCAUAGGCGCAAAUGUCUUUGAACGGAGUUCAACGCGGCCAAUGAAGUGGUCCGUGAUGCCGAUAUCACAGGAGCGAACAGGAUCUGGCAGCAUCCAUGGCACUUGGUCCAUCGCGUACGGUUGCAUCAGGAGCUCAAGCGACUUGCAACAACACCAGAAGGACCCGGCAUUCCUGCGGUGCUCCGGACGUCCAGCCGCGUUGUUGAUGUUGACACAGAAACAGCUACCGUCUUCUUGGAGGAUGGCAGCCAAGUUCAGGGCGACUUGGUCGUUGGCGCUGAUGGAGUUCAUCAAAGUCGUUGGAAAGGACUGGAAAGCAUACAGUUCAGGCAAGAGUGCUUUCCGCUUCCUCGUUCCCCGUAAAGAUGUUCUCGAAGACCCGGAAACCGCCCAUUUUGCACAACAUAACGGCCAACUCAUCAUAUGUUAUGCCGCCGACAGACGCAUUGUCAUGUAUCCAUGCGAUGACAACAAGAUGUUUAACUUUGUCUGCAUUCAUCCGCGAGAGGAGAGCGACCCUGGGAGUAAAGAAGACUGGAACAACGAGACGAGCACGUCGGUGUUGUUGGGUGUGUACAAGGAUUUCGAUCCUGCUUUAUUGAAGCUCCUCAGCAAAGCCAGCCCAGAAUCCCUCAAGGCAUGGGAGCUACUAGACAUGGAUGUUCUCCCAACAUGGACCGACAAGAGACUGACCCUUCUUGGCGAUGCUGCUCAUCCUUUUCUCCCUCACCAAGGGCAGGGUGCAGGUGUUGCUAUCGAAGACGCUGCCUCCCUCGCAGUCGUUCUACCACUAGGUACCUCACCGGAAGAGGUCCCUGAGCGGCUACAUCUCUACCAAGAAUUUCGUUACGACCGGGCAAACCGGAUCCAAGAGUUCUCACGACAGGCUGGAAAGGAUAAGCCUGACAAGGAUUUUGACAUGAUGGCGUAUACCAACUUCAACUUGGGCCACGAUGAAUGGGACAAUUCUACCAAUCUUUUCAGGAAGUGGGACUGGGCUCGGAAACCUCAUCUCUACUGGAGAAUGCCCGUGUCUUUUGGACCCUUCCCUGGUCCACGCCAGACCUUCACAGGCGAAGCUAGGAAUGCUACCAACUCGACAUUCACAACAGCCUCCAUCAAGUUCAAGACCUCACGAACUCUUCUACAGAAUCUCUUUCCUUCUACCUCUUUCCGAUUCAAGAGUCCUGGGACAGUCGCAUAUGCUAGCUUCUCCCAGACCACGCUCAAUAAAAUGGAGUGGCUCGGCGGCUCUGGGUACAGACAUAUAGGGCUGUACAUCCAUGGUGUGCAGUAUGUACAAAAAGACGGCACCGUUCGCGAUGGUACAUUCCUGCCCAUCUUGUGGGAAAGCCUCACAGAUCCGAUUGUUAGUGGCCGGGAAGAGCUCGGAAUGCCAAAGCUGUAUUGCUCCAUCGACAUUUGGAAGCGUGCAAACAGUUACCGAAUCCAGACUGGCUGGCAAGGCGUCAAUUUUGGCUCAUUCACCCUUGAAGGUCUUCGAGAGGUUGACAGUGGGAGCUCCAAGGGGACGAUCGGAGGCGAAGACGAUGAAGGAAUAUUUGCGUACAAGUACAUCCCCAAGGUGGGAGAUCGUGGCAAGGCAGAUGUGGAGCAUGCUACCUUUGUGCCGCACGCAGAGGAGUCCAAGGUCGUCCCGAGUAAAGUUCUGAGGGUCUUCACUGCAGACAAGGCCAGCUUUGAGUUUGAUCCUCAUGAUUGGGAGGCUCUGCCGACGCUGCACCACGUCGUCUCGAGGUUGGCAGAAGUCCCCGUGUAUGAGAUUCUGGGUGCAAAGGUUGUUGAGGGUGUUGGUGUCCCAGAUGUCUCCAGUGCUCGAAGGAUUGACUGA